CGCUCUCUCGCUCUCUCGCUGCGCUCGUUCUCGAAACCACCCUCAGUCUGUGGCGGAGCACGGCCUCAUGGAGUCCAAGAUAGACGAGCUCCGUGCCAAGGCCAUCGCCUCCCUUCCCAGUUCCAGCCCUAAUCCUAGCCCCUCGCGGCGGCCCAAGUCCUCUGGCUCCCGGGAAGAAGGCGAACUCUCCCCCAGUUAUGAACCGGGUACUUCUAUUUCUACUACCCUGCAAGAGGAUAAAGCAUCGAUUGAGCCUGAUCCUGGUCCUGUGUUGAUAGCCUCUUCUAGAAGUUUGAAAACUAGCAUGCCGACAUCAAAGGCAGAAGUAAAUCAAUAUCGCACCAGCCAUUUAGUUAUGACCCAUAUGCAGCAGCAUCAGGGAUCAGUUGCGCAGAACUACAAUCAAUGCUUUAAGAAAAAGAAAACUACAUUUAAAUCUGAGAACAACCGAAAUCUCAGUUGGCAUGGGAAAGGAUCAAAUGAUAAUCUUGUUAUAAGCUUCUCAGAUGAUGACAGUGAAAGUGGCCCUGAAGAGUGUAGACAAGAGAACACUCUAGGUGAAAAAGUUGAUAUGGCCAGAGCCAAAAUGUCAAGUACCCCACCACAAUUACAGACAGAAGUUCUGCAACAUACACUAAGUACCAGAGCAAAGCAGGUUUGGAAGAAGGAAUAUGCAUGCAUGCCAUCCAUCUCUACGAACUUUAAAAAACCUGGAACCAAGGACAGGGGUCCUCUGGCUUCUUUGGUUGAUAAGGAGUUGAACAUUCAGAGGAAUUCGUCUAUUGCCAAGGGUUCAUCAAGCCUUGAGAAUGAAUCACAACUUAGUGCAAAUUUGGCAAAUAAGCAACUGGCAAGUUUGAGACGUCAAAUUGCUGUACGAGAGAAUGAACUAAGGGUUCAACGGGAGAAUGAACUGAGGGUUCAGCGAGAGAACGAACUAAGGGUUCAGAGAGAGAAUGAACCAAGGGUUCAACAAAAGUCAACAUUUCAAAGCAAGGAAAUGGUUUCUGGUUUGUAUAGUAACCAGCGUCAAGCUUAUUUCAUGAAGCGGGAUGCCCAGGCUGCUGGUAUCAAUGUACUUACUUCUGCUAAUACUAUAGGCUUGCCACCGAAGGAACAAGCUCUAAAACGUGCAAAGCUUGAUGAAAACGCGCACAAUAAACUUAUUUCUGGUGACCAAGUUCAAGGGCAAGUACUGUUUGGCACAUCUAGUGAUGAUAUGGGACACCAUGGAAAUAACAGAGGUACAAAAGAUGCAAGCUUGCUAAGCCAUAGUGUACAUGUUCCUGUGCCAUCUGAAGCUCCUGUUAACACAAGGAAAGGCAAUGAAUCUUUGGGGCCAACCCAGGAAGCUGCAUCAUUUAUGGUUGGAAACCUUGGAAUGCCCCUUCAGCUACAAAGUAAAAUCAAAUUUUCUUCUGGAAUUUCUUGCAGUUUGGGCGAGUCUCAUGAUGGGAAUUUGCAAGGGGAUUCCAACACAUUAACAAACAGACCGCCUGUAGAUCAAAUGAUACUUUCUUUUGAGAGCUUACCAGAUAAUAGGCAUUUAAACAUCUCCAGGAAAAGUAAUGCUUCUCCUAUGUUUCUUGAGGAUGCAACAUACAAAGAUGAACUAGAGAGAGGCCAGCAAACUAUUCCUACAGUUGAUGUUGGAAUGCCUUUAUCAACAUCCACCAAUGCUUUGGAGAAGUAUUCUGUCUCUGUUCCCAUGAGUAACUUGGUUAAUGAUGAGACAACCAUCUCAAGGGAGGGUAAUACGAACUUGCAAACUUUGAUCAAGUUGGAGGAAUUACAUGACAAAGAACUGGAAGAAGCACAGGAGCUUAGGCGCAGGUGUGAGGUUGAAGAAAGGCGCACAUUGAUUGCUUAUCGUGACGCACAGAGAGCAUUGAUUGAGGCCAAUGAAAAAUGCACUAUUUUGUAUAGGAAGAGAGAUUUAUUUUCUUGUCAAGCUAGAGCUUUGAUGAUGGAGGCUUCAAGUUCUAUGUGGCCUUCAAGUUGGCAGAAUUCUAGAGGAACUAGGAUGGACUUACCAAAGACUGCUCCAAGUGCUAGCUGCGAUCUCUUACAGCAUGUUGAACAUGAAAUGGCAGUUAAUUGCCAGGCUAUGUGUGAGUUGGGCUAUGAGUCUAGCAUCCAAUGCCCUGAUGUUGCUCUUGUUGACUUAUCUAGUAACCCAAUUAAUGUAUUUAAUUAUGGAUCUGAACCCUGUCAUGAACCAAAUAGGGACUCCUCAGAACCUAAAGAUGGCAUUGGUAUCAUUGAUGAGAAUGCUUCUGCCAAUAGCACUGAAGAGAAUUUGCUAUGUGAUAACAGCAUUCCUCGGUCAGGAUUACCGUGUGAUAUUACUGAUGGAAAUAAUGCAAAAAAACUUAUGAACAAGCCUUCCAAUGAGAAUGUACGUGAUUUUGAACUCGAAGCUUCUUUGAGGUCUCAACUAGUAGCAAGAUUAGGUAAAAAAUCUUCUUUGUGCAAGAGUAGUGAUGGAAGUAAAACAAGCAUCUUUGACAAAGAAGCUAUUAGUACUGAUGCCCACAAGAAGCCAUGUACUCCUAGCAUAUUGCAAUCUCUUGAAGGAGAGAAAAACCAAAUACCAAGUUUUCAAGGUAUUGAAAAGCCUCAAAGCUGCUUUGAUGACUCCUCAUCACAAGCAUUUGCCCUGCCUCAUGAGAAUAAUAAUUCUUCAAAUGAAGAUUUUGUUAGGAAUGACUAUACAGUAGAUGAGCCUCAUAAAAUUAGCAAUCCUGGAAACUCCAACUCCAUUUCAAAAGAAUCCUGCUGGCAAGUGGCCAUACCUGUUUUGUCCUUACCUUCUUUGGGUCUUCAUAUUGUUUCGAGGCAUGCGAAAUUUUUAUUGUCUGAAAUUGACCAUGAGUUUCCUGAGAAGGAUAGUGUGUCCAAUAGUCCUCUAGUGGUGGUUGUUGAGUGCAUGCCAGGUCGAGAGGACAACAGUUCAAGAGUGUAUGGUGAAAGAUAUGGUGGAAAUAUUGAGAAAGAUUCCCAAUCAAGUAUCCUUUCAAUUGAUUCCUUCUGGCCCUUCUGCAUGUUUGAGCUCAGAGGGAGAUGUAAUGAUGAGGAAUGCCCAUGGCAGCAUUUCAAAAACUUAAAGCCGACUAAAGAUUCAGUUGCCUUGGCUUCAGACAGUCAAGUUGGUCAUCCACUGACUCUUGGAAAAACUGCUGCUUCUUUUGGAUCUCAUUAUGGCAUUGACCGAAAUCUUCUGCCAAUUCCAACUUACCAAAUUGGAUUGUAUCUUAUGAAAGCCAGUUCACAUCUAUCACAGUCAAUCCUGGCUCGCUACAGUUGGCAGUUUUGGCAAAGGGGUUUUUCCACCUGUUCUAUCUUACCCUUUUCCUUUCAAAGGGUACUUCCUCCAGAUGCAGUGUGUUUACAAUCUGAUGAUGAUCAUAGUGCUGAUGACCAUAAAAGUAACAGGCCAGCUUUCUUCUUUCAAAGUCCAGAUGGCAUACUCAUCCAAGCCAUGAAAGGAUUGACCGAUUCUGAGCAGUCAUUGGAGUUGGCACUUGAUUUGUUAAAUGGCACAUUCAACAGACCAGACCAAAAGCAGGCUCUAUCAUUGUUGUCACGAAGCAUUGAGGCUUACCCCAGUUCAGUCAACCUAUGGGUCAUCUAUUUGCACAUUUACUACUGUGGGGAGAUGUGCCAAAGGAAUGAUGACUUAUUUCCAUAUGCAGUGGAACAUAAUAAACAUUCUUAUGAGUUGUGGCUUAUGUAUAUAAACAGCCGGAAGCAGCCUAGUGAUCGAUUGAAUGCGUAUGUGAGCGCACUGAAUGCUUUUUCCAACAAAGUAGAUGCCUCUGGCAAGGCGAGAAAGUAUAUUAGUGCAUGCAUAUUAGAUAUUUUCCUGCAGAUGGUUGAUUUCCUUCAGAUGUCUGACAACGUGGAUUGGGCCAUCUAUAGAACCUACCAACUUGUGAGGCCAAAUUCCAACUCCAAUGACAAAUUGUUGUCCAAUAUGUAUUCACAAUUGAUACUAUCCGAUAGGUGUAUGUUCUGGUUUUGCUGUGUGUAUCUGACCAUCUACAAGAGGCUUCCUGAAGCUGUAGUACUACAGUUUGAAUUUGAGAAAGAGCUCCCAUUUGAGUAUGAAUGGCCUUGCGCUCAAGUUGGAAAUUAUGAAAAAGACCAGGCUUUAGAUAUAAUGAGAUUUGCAAUAGACAAGUUGACACUAGACUGUGAAGACAACAAUGAAAAGGAUCCUGUAGAUCAGCGGCCGCUGCACUUUCUAGUCAUUUGCCAUCUUAGAUGUGCAGCAGCACUUGAAGGGUUACAUUGCUUAGCUGAUUUGUUGGUCAAAUACAUGAGAAUGUAUCCAACCUGCAUUGAGCUUAUUCUUUUGUCAGCUCGGUUGCAGGCAAGGUGCAGAGAACAUGAUGUGCUGCGAGGUUUUGAAGAGACACUUUCCGAUUGGCCGAAAGAAAUUCCCGGCAUACAAUGUGUCUGGAAUCAGUAUUUUGAAUUCAUUCUGAAGGAGGGUGGGAUUGAACUUGUGCAGAAGGUGAUUGACCGCUGGUAUCAUAACUUUUCAUGCGUCAAACAAGAUACGGAGACUGGGAAUACGGUGGAGAUGAAAAAUGAUUCAGUGAAAUUGCCUUCACAUGCAUAUCUUUCUACCUCAAGGGAUGAUAUCUUUAGUGUGCUUAAUCUUAGUCUUUACAAACUGCUGCACAAAGACCAUUCACAAGCAUCUGCUGCAAUCAGUAAAGCAUUAAAGUUGGCAACCUUGGAGGAUUUCAAGCAUUGUGUGAGAGAACAUGCUGCGUUUGUGAUGAUUAGCAAGUCAAAAGAUGUGCAAGAUGCACCAAGUGUUUUACUAGGGCUGAUAAAAAGCUACCUCAGUGAUUGCCGCUUUUCCAUUGUACAGCAACCCUUGUCAAGAAGAUACUAUCAGAACAUUAAGAAACCUAGAAUCCGACAAUUGGUUAACAAAAUACUUGGGCCAACUUCUAUGGAUUAUUCCCUACUAAAUUCUGUCCUCGAAGCAUGUUAUGGCCCAUCGCUUCUUCCAGAGCACUUUGACAAGCCGAAGGAUUUGGUUGAUUUUGUUGAACCUCUGAUGGAAGUUGCACCUUCAAACUAUGUUUUGGCUUUAUCAGUGUAUAAAUUGACUGGCAAAACGUUCAACCUCACGAGUGUUGUAUAUGAUGCAGUAAUGUUUUGGGCAACAACACUUCUGGUUAACUCCAUCCUCCAGGCUAUCCCUGCAGCACCAGAGCAAAUAUGGUUUGAGGCUGCUCAUGCUCUGAAAGAUUUUGAAUGUGGAAGUAUUACUCAGUGGUUCCAUCAGCUGGCAGUUUCUGUGUAUCCUUUCUCAGUAAGGUUGUGGCAAUCCUAUUUGGAUAUAUCUAAGAAAACUGGAAAUGCCGAUCUAACUGUAAAGAUGGCAAAAGAAAGAGGUAUUGAGCUUUGCUAGGUUUCAUAUUGCCUUUUAUUUUGCUUUUUACCAUGUUAUAGGACAGUGUUGCCAUUAGUGGUGAGAAGGGACCUGGAGGGAGUUUUGAAAUCCAUGGAGAUUGUUGUCCCACUGGAUGUGCGGAUGCAACCAUCCAGGUUCUAUUGAAAUUCUUAAUGAUUAUAUACUUUUUCUUUUUUCAACAUGUACAUACCUUCCCCUGCCUUAAAUACAGUGCAUUGUUAUGAGAUCA